ACUGACCCAGUAAUCUAUAUAUACAUGAAAUUCAUAAGCUCACAAGUCACACAAAGGUAAGCAAAAACAACAUUCUUUGACCAAAAAGAAAAAAAAAAGCAAAAAGAAACAUUCUCGAUUCAAAAAUGGAGCAAAGCAAGGGCAGGAGAGUGAUCCUCUUCCCACUGCCGUUUCAAGGCCACAUAAAUUCUAUGCUAGAACUGGCCAACGUUCUACACUCCAGAGGCUUCUCCAUAACCAUUAUUCACACACGCUUCAACUCCCUCAACCCUUCUACCCUAAACCCACACUUCACGUACCAUUCAAUCCCUGUCGACUUCUCCGAAACCGAGGCCGCCUCGAGGGAUCCCAAAGGUUUUUUUUAUCUUCUCAAUGUUAGAUGUAUCGAGCCUUUCAGAGAAUGCCUGGCCAGGUUGUUAUCGGAUGAUGUUAAGUUGGAAGGCCCCGUUGCUUGCUUGAUCUCAGACACUCUUCUUCACUUCACUCGACCCAUUGCGGAGAGUUUUAAGCUUCCGAGGAUCUUGUUAGAUGUCUCGUGCGCCACUAAUUUUGCUGUUUUGGCUGUGUUUCCGCUUCUCAAGGAAAAGGGUUACCUCCCAAUACAAGAUUCUCGACUAGAAGAGGUAAUCACAGAACUAUCACCUAUCAAAGUUAAAGACCUGCCAAAGGCGCCCGGUUCCGAUCCUGAGAAUUAUUAUCAACUGGCCAUCCAAGUGUCAAAUGAACCAAAGUCUUCUUAUGGACUCAUCUUAAAUACAUUUGAAGAUCUUGAAGGACAUGCUCUGGCCAGAAUCCGCCAAGAACACCUGCCCAAUGUUCCCAUUUUCCCAACAGGUCCAUUUCACAAGUGUUGCCGUACAAUAUCCUCUUCAAGUAGUUUAUUGGCACAAGAUCAGAGUUGCAUUUCAUGGCUGAACACUCAAGCGCCCAAAUCUGUUGUUUAUGUUAGCUUUGGGAGCAUUAUUCAGAUAGAGGAAGCUCAAUUUUUGGAGAUAGCUUGGGGGCUGGCCAAUAGCAAUCAACCUUUUUUGUGGGUUGUUCGACCCGGGUUGGUUAACGGGCUUGAUUGGCUUGAAGCGUUACCUAACGGGUUUUUGGAAGCAUUGAACGGGAGGGCUUACAUUGUAAAAUGGGCUCCACAAAAAGAAGUGUUGGCCCACCUAGCAGUCGGAGCCUUUUGGACUCACAAUGGUUGGAAUUCUACAAUGGAGAGCAUUUGUGAAGGGGUCCCUAUGAUUUGUACACCAGGUUACAUUGAGCAAAUGCUGAUUGCAAGAAAUGUGAGUGAUGUUUGGAAGGUAGGGCUGCAAUUGGAGCAUGGGAUUGAGAGAGGUGAGGUUGAAAGAACAAUUAGAAGACUGAUGGUUGAGAAAGAAGGGGAAGAGAUCAAAGAGAGAUCCUUAAAGUUGAUGGAAAAGGCAAAUCGUUGCCUCAAAGAAGGUGGCUCUUCGUACCAAUCUUUGGAUGGCUUGGCCAAGCACAUUUUAUCGUUAUAAAUCGUUUGUAUAAGAAACUAAGUGGUAUUGCAAGUAGCUCUUUACCACAGUGGUGAAAAUAAGUUGAGCCCUUGCAUGAAGGCAUGAGUUUAAACCCUGUCGGUGACUAAAUAAAAGAAAAUAUAUCGUUUAACCAAAAAAAUAAUAAUAAUUACUAAGUGGUAUUAUUUAUUCAAUAAAAUAAAAAUAAAAUUGUUGGGUUGCA